GCGAUUAGAGGAUUCCAUCCGAAAAAGUUAUUUAAGGUUGAUAGGCGUUAUUCCUGUGAAGUUUCUGCAAAUAUUUUUACGUGCUAUGUAUCGUGUAGACGACAAGGAUCGGCGGUAAUGGGCUUAAGUGGCAGUAAAAAGGACGAACCUGAGCGCAUAAAGCAGCAGCAGCAGCAGAAAGAAGCUGCUAUCGGAUCUUCUUCAUUACCUUUGAAGAGACGUCGAGCUCCUCGAUAUCCGUUUAAUUGUAGGCUCAAUAUUACACAACGAUUUCUACCUGACUUCUUCUUUGUCAAUGAAACGAUCAGUUCACUUUUCGUCGAUGAAGAUGGCGAUUCGGCGAACGAAUUCUACCUGGAAUCAUUUGAAAAACAAAGGAAUCUGACAACAUUAGUUCGGAAAGUCGACAAUCUUAGGCCAAUGGGACGAGUAAAGUACCCAAUCCCUAGGCUCCAUCCUGAUGUUCCGUUCGUGAUUUGGGAAGUAAAUCAACAAGAAUGAUAAUCUACAUUAAACAAGUACGCUGUAGUCAAUUCAUUAUACCAGAUUGAUUCAACAGAUCUCAAUGUCAGUUGUAUUCAGCAUUUGUCAUUAAUCAAUUUUGAGUGCCACUAAGAGUUAGUUUUCCACUGAUUUUCCAUUGUUUGCGUUACUCAUUGUGAUCCUCUGUGUUGUCCUUCUACUGGAACUAAUUAUCUGUUAAUUCAGUCAUUUCAUUAAAAAUAACGAUCAUAUUUACCGUAUUAUUUAUAAUCUCGUGUUUCUAUUUAAUCUUCAACUGUGAUUCUUCAUUGCAUCGUUUUGAUAAAAG